CAUGGAUCCUGGGAUGGUGGAUGUGCAAGACUGUUCCUUACAUACAGGGUGUGUCAGUAGCAGCUUCUGUGUACAGUUUAGUAGCGGUUUCCUUAGACAGAUUCCUAGCAAUAUGGUGGCCCCUGAAAUGCCAAAUCACCAAACGACGAGCAAGAAUCAUUAUAAUAUUCAUAUGGUUCGUGGCACUGACAACGACAAUACCUUGGGCAAUAUUUUUCGACUUAGUGGUGAUCUUCAGCGACGCUCCCAACGUACAGCUCUGCAUCGAAGUAUGGCCUGACCAAAUGAACGGCUCCCUGUACUUCCUGACUGCCAACUUGAUGUUCUGCUACAUCUUUCCCAUGAUCCUCAUCACCAUGUGCUACGUCUUGAUCUACAUCAAGGUUUGGAAGCGCGACAUCCCAACAGACACCAAGGAUGCCCAGAUGGAGAAGAUGCAGCAAAAGUCCAAGGUCAAAGUUGUGAAAAUGCUCGUAGCGGUUGUCAUUUUGUUUGUUAUCUCUUGGCUGCCACUGUAUGCAAUUUUCGCUAGGAUCAAGCUUGGUGGGGAGAUAGAACCUUGGGAGGAGGAGAUCCUUCCGAUUGCCACCCCGGUAGCACAGUGGUUGGGAGCAUCUAACUCUUGUAUCAAUCCUAUACUCUACGCUUUCUUCAACAAGAAGUACCGCAGAGGCUUUGUGGCAAUAAUAAAGAGCAGACGAUGCUGCGGCAGACUGAGAUACUACGAAGCUGUGGCCAUGAUGUCCUCCUCUACUAGCAUGAGGAAGUCCUCGCACUUCUACAACAACAACUCCUCCACCAGGAAGAUCCCGCCAGUGCAGGACAACGCAGUUUCCUACAUCUACAACAACACCGGGGUCUGAACCUGGAAAUGGUCGCCCGGUAGCGGUUUGGUUAAAAUUUGAGGAGUUUUGCUCAUACUUUGCAGAAAAGAUUUUGACCAGAGCUCGACCAAAGGGUCAGCAGGAUUAGUUGUGAAACCCAUGAUUUGUGUAACUAAAUGUUUGAAUUUGUAGCCUGAGGUUACAUUAGAUUAAGGUAAACUGAGGCAGAAAUUUUUUUGUAACUGUAAGCUUGUGGCAGAAAUUUUAGAAAACACUUGUCGAUCUUCUUCUAGGAAUAAGAUAUAUCUUUUUAACGAAUUUGACUAUACUCGAGCAUCACCUGAAGCGUGUCUUAAAAUUGUUGGUGUAUGUGGAAGACAUUAUUGCGUUUGGGCUGCCAGAGUGGUUCAUGGAAGAGAUUUGAACUCGAGGAAUUAGGUAGCCCUUACAUCCUUGUUAAUGCCAAAUGUUUUGCUUCAGGGGUACUUUGGAUACUAUCAAAACACAGUUCAGAUGUAGCUCAAUAUACGUCUCAGUAUCAGCCAAGAAACCAUAUGCCGUCUAGUGAAUAUUUCAGGGCAAAAUUUACAUAUCAUUCGUUCAGAUGUUAUGCUCUGCGCCUGAUCUGGCACUCAUUAAUUUUUUGCUGCUACAUUUCUCAUGCCUCUAGUUUAAAUCAACACUGGGUACACUGAAAUCAGAUUCAACUUCUAUGAAUCGUUGUUAGACAUAUUGAAGCAUAUAUGUCAUAUUUCCUCAUUCUUUGGAUAAUAAUAAAGCUAUUAGCAACUUCGAUGUGAAUUUAUAAAAAUUUUCCAAUUUAUUUUCAAAGUAUACUAUAAAGAAUGAGGUUUCUGCUAACGUGAGAUUACUCAGUUUGUUUCAUUUUGUAUGAAUAUCCAUUAGACAAUGUUACUAAUCAUCCGCUUCGAAUGUAACUGUACGUUUGAGUUUUACAAAUUCCAUUCCAGUGUUUGCCAAGAUAUUUGAAAACUAUUAAUUUCAAUAGCACUUGAAAUAGUUAUAGAUACGUGAAUAAUUCUCUUUAUGAAAAUGUUACCCUCACUUUGAGCUGAUUGAAAUAUCAAGUCUUUUGAGUUAUUUUCAACUUGAGAGAAUAUCCCAGACAGUUGAGCUAGCAACCCGUUUUAUAGAUUUGGUUUGAACUGAAGUUUAAACUAAAGUUCAAACUCUAGUUCAAAUUCCGGUUUAAACUACUUUCAAACCUUCUGCAGCAUUUCGCCGUUUUAUAGGUUCAGAUUUUAACAGUUAUAUUCAUUACUGAGAGGUUGGCAUUUUCUAAGGAAUAUCAAAAAAUGUCAAGAAUACCAUUGACAGUAUUGAGAAUCUUGACAAGUUCACCUAAUGAAGUUGUGUAAUAAAUACUUCAUCUGAAUGAUACAUUCAUGUUUAUUUUUUUCAAUUUCGGAAACAAUUUAUCGAAAAUUUAGAAUAAGUACCCAUCAAGUUUGAAAUUCAAAAUGUAACUCAUAAAAUAAAUUGGGGUGUAGAACCAACUGUAUUCUAGAUGUUUUGUCAUAUUAGGUUGAAUAUUACUGGACAUGUGGAGCUACAAAACAAAUGACAUAAAAACGGACCAAACUUUAGAAACAACCUCAUAUUAAUACGCUAACAAGUAAUAAUGUGUCAUACCAGAAAAGCAUCAAUUGAGAUUUCAAAACCAAGUUUCGAUUCAGUUUCGAAAUCAAAAUCCAUUACUCAAAGUAAUGAGCAUGUGGAUUGAUACCGUAUUGCUCACCACCAUCCAUUCAGGAAUGUAAUUGUUCAUUUG